GGUCGGUCCAUCCAAGUCAGUAAAAGUUCAGUCAAGAAACUUGUUCCCUCCUGUGUGCUUGCACUUCUUCUUCUCGUGUGGCGAUCUGUCUGCAUUGCAUGCGAAUGCGAAACUGGUCGCGGAAUAAUAGAAUAAGAAGAAUAAAUAUAUACAUUCCUUCCCUGCUGCCUAUAACUACCUGUUUUUGGCGUUACAUUUCAAAUUAAGCUGUUGUUCAAAUAAUUUGCGACAUUUUUCUAAGAAUGUUUGGGGGAGGAGGAGGAGGAGGAAAUUGGGAAAUGUGAGACGGCACGGAAAUAUUUUUUUUUCGGGGGGAUAAUCAUCGCCACUAUUUUUUGUGGGGGAGUAAUGUGGGGAUGAAAUUUUGAGAAUUUUGUUUGUCCUGGUGGUCCCGUGUGAAGUAAUGAAAUAUGACAACGUUAAGGAUUUUUUUGAACCGUGUGAAUUAUUUGAGCAGGAUUAAAUAAGAGAAGCUGUGUGUGUGUACAAAGUGUGUGAAUCGUGGCGUGGUUUAUGUGGCAUGUGGGGGUGGGUUUGUUUUGACUUUAAGUACAUAAGAAGUGGGGGUGGUGGGAAAGGAAAUAAGACGUGAUUUUGAGAUAAAACUGAAUAUUCAUAGUUUUUCUAGUGAGUAUUUACUGACUUUGGACUAAUCUGUACUUAUUUUGAGUGUGGUGUGCGUAUUUAGAAGGAUACAUUUAACUCGGCUUAUUUAAGAAAAUCUAAUUAAAAAAUGUUGGCCUCGCCGGGUGGUGUGGUUGGAGGUGGGAUCCGCCAACUGGCCGGGCGUCCCUUGAGAAGGUCACUCCUCAUCCUGCUCUGGUUAUGCAUGGUCUACGGCGUCUUCCACCUCGUCGUCCGCGAUGGCGGCGGCAGUGGCGGCGGCGGAGGGAACAGUGGUGACCGCGUCGGGGGCGCGGCAGCAGCGUCCCUUCGCCUCAACGCGAUCCUUUCGGGGGGAGGAAGUUACGACGUGGAGCUGCUGAGCCCUUCGUCGUCGUCGUCGUCUAGUCAGAGCACGGGGAGCGUGGUGGGGGGCCACAGUAUUAGCAAUAAGUUGAUAAGCAGCAGUAUCGGAGGGAGCGGGGAGGGUAAGCACUUUCAAAACUUGGACAGCGCAAUCAGCAGUGCCAUCGCGGCCGGGGGAGGGGGUCUCUCCUCCCUGUCGCCGCCAUCGAGUGGGGGACCGGCGUCCUCCAUGUCCACGUCCACAACGACCCUCACCUCCAUCCUGAAGAACUUGGUGGAGGACGAGCCUUUGGUGGACAAGGAGACGAGAACGAUCGAAGAGUUGAUCCUCGAAGCGGCCGGGACAAUUCGGAACAUUCCCCUGCCCCCCUACAUCCUCGGGGGGAUCAAGGACGGCCCCAAAUUCUAUAAGAAUUCCUCCUGCGCCAGAUUUCCUACUAUUUAUGAUCUCGAAUUCUCCAACUCUUACUGGCAAACGUUACGCACGAGCAAUGGGACGCUACACUUGUACGGCGCGUAUUACGACGUGAGGACGAGAAAUCGGCUGGGUCCAUCCGUCCGAAUUUUGGGGAUGAUGGACCGCAUCGAGCCGAACGUGAGUUCCUACUGCCAACUCUGGUUCGAACAUGAGAAGGAACCCGUUUUCGCCAAGGUGCUGGAGUACAAGUACAUCUGGUUUUCAAAAUGGGGCAAUUACAAGCAAGGCGUCUUCCAACCCUACCUUCUGGCUUGCCAGAUCCCAAAAACGCACCAUAAAAAGGUGCCUCGUUCCAUUUCCAUCGUGGAGAAGCCGUGUCACGGUGCGAACAACAAUCUGCGCGUGCUCUACGACCGUCCCCCCGAGAAGAAGGGCUUCGCCGUGUGCGUCAAGGGGCUCGACUUCCUACACGAAGACCUCUCCGUCCGCCUCGUCGAGUGGAUCGAGCUCCUCGGACUCCUCGGCGCGGACAAAAUCUUCUUCUACGAACUCGCCGUCCACCCCAACAUCACAAAAGUGCUGCGCUACUUCCAGUCUACGGGGCAGAUUGAUGUCACCCCCCUCACGCUCCCGGGUGGACAGCCCAACGACCCCAGAAUUCGACACAUCUACCUCGGCAAGAAGGUGAACCACAAGCGUCAAAACGAGGUGAUCCCGUACAACGACUGCCUGUACCGGAACCUCUACCAGUACGAGUACAUCGCUCUGCUCGACAUUGACGAGGUCAUCAUGCCCAUGAAGGGCUCCUCUUGGAAGGAACUCAUGGUCGCCGUCGACGCCAAGGCACGCCAGUCGCGGAACGAUUCCCGAGCGUCCUACAACUUCCGGAACAUUUACUUCAUGGAUGAUAUGAUGCAUGGGCACGACUGGUUCCAAGGCAUGCCGAGAUACAUGCAUAUGCUCCAGCACGUGUACCGUUCGAGAAACUACACGAAGCCGGGUCAGUACGUGAAAUGUUUCCACAAUCCGGAGCGCGUCAUCACGCUGCACAACCAUUUUCCGCUGGCCUGUCUCAACGGCUCCUGCACCUCCUUCCCCGUCCCCACGGAAUUCGCUCAACUGCAACACUACAGGGCCACCUGCGUCAAGGCCUUGAAAAACUGUGAUAAGGAAUACAAGGCCAACUCCGUCCUCGACACGACCAUUUGGAGGUAUAAGGACGCCUUAAUUUCGAGGGUGACCCACGUCCUGAAAACGUUAGGUUUCAUCCCCUCCUCAACCCAGCAGCCGCAGCAACAAUCCACGCCCGAUGUGGACCUAAGCUUAGCAAUUUUGAACAAGAGAUGACCAAGUUUGAUAAAAACAAAUUUAUUCCAAAAUUUCUGAUAAAAUUUUUAUCCUGAAAUUCCCGACUGAAAAAGAAGUCUCCUCCGCGAUGUGGUAAAGUAGUAAAUACAUACGUCUAGUUUUUUAGUCUGUACGUGGAAAAAGAACUGAAAAAUCUGUAGGUUUAUGCUUCCUAAUUAAUUUUAGGGAUUAGUUUACACUAUUUUUUUCAUGACUGCACUAUUCCCUACUUUAGUUAGUUAGAUACGACUUAUCGUAAUUUUGGGUAUGAUAUGAAAUGCAAAAAAGAAUGCAAAAAUAUUUAGCACUAUGCAAUUCUAGGGUAGAGAAAGUCGCAUAUAAAAAUCUGCGUAAAAGUACGAAUCUCCUCGCAAAGUAAUACUUAUUUUAAAUAUUUAUGCCAAUGCAAUAAUCAGGUGAUUAAUUAAUUAAUCAAGCGUGAUUAACGGAUUGAUUGGAUUAAGGAUUAAUAAUCCUUAAUCUCAGGAAAAAUCCGAUAAUCACGUGUCUUUAAGACAAAUCUAAAAGCGUGCAUUUAUUAGAUUUAGAUGGAAUUUUACUUAAAUGUUGUCUACGUUAAAUAGAAACUAUGACUUACUUAAUGUUUGUUCCUCUUGUUCGUGGUCAUCGGGGAAAAGCAAAAUUAUUUAACAUUUCCGAAUUAAUAAGUUUCCAAGUUGAGGAUCGAAUUGAUAUCGAUAUUUGCAUACGUAUAAUUACGACAAAAAUGAUAAUGAUGAUGUUGUUACUUAAUUAAUUACUUAAUUAGACGAAAUUGUUCAUGUUUUACAUAUGUACGGCGGCGGCGGUGAACUGACUUUUGACUGUUGAAAUUAUUGCCAUACUUAAAAAAUAAAAAUAUGUAGACUAUAAAUUUUACGAUUAAUUAAGUUACGUUCUCAUUAAAAAAGUCAAUUUUUUAUAUUAAAAUAAAAUAAGGACGAAGUUUUGUAUGAAUUAAAGAUAAAAACAUGCGCAUCGAUGGAUCAUUGUGAAGUUUAGUGUAAUUUGAUAGAUUUUCAUGGAUUUGCAUGAAAAAUUGAACUAUAUCGAUGAUGAUAUUCCUUGUUACACGAGGUGACGAUGAUUAUUGAGCAAAAUAAGUAAUAAAGAUAAACUGUGAUCAAGAAAAAA